UUAAAGGAACAUUGGUUAAUCAGCUGAAAGCUAUUCUUUCUACAAGAUUACAUUGAGACUGGUAAUUUAUUUUAAUCAAUUCAGCACUUAAAACGUAACCUUGUUUUAAAUUCAUGUUACUUGGGGUUAGAAUAAAGACGCGCCAUCAUAUGUUUCUGGCACUAUUGUCCAGCCUUUCUUGAGCACUAAUUAAUUUUUACAGCGUCUCUAUUCAUUCUCCAGCAGCACCGUGCCAAGGAAAAAGUGCAAAGUGCGAAAGCACCUUUUUUUGUAAAUAUUGCUAAAGCUGGAACGCUUCUUGGGCACAUGCAAGGAAAAAUUACCGUUAUAAUUAAACGCGCGGCUUUGUUCGCCGUUGAUCUCUCCGAAUUUCUUUGUACUGGUCUCUAUUUAUUAGCUAGCAAUGGGUAAUCUAUUAAGAGAGCGUACGUGUCCUAAUGGGCUCCCUUUCAAUUAUGUGAAUGGACGUAAACAGUCCCCAGUACAAGAUCUGGACUACCCAGAACUAUUUAAUCUCCACGACGGAACCAGUAUUAAGUCAUACACACAUGCCUCCCAGGCAUGUAACCUGCUGGCUUAGGGCCUUUGCGUUAUUCUGAUCCAGCCGCCAUUUCCAUAUUGAAUAUAUCGAAACAUUUUAAGAUUCAUAGUUUAACCUCAAACUUAACUGCACGGUCUAAUUGUAUACUCAUAAAUCAAGUUAUUAAUCUCAGUUGAAAUGGAGGACCUGUUUUUUGAUCUUGACCAAGACAACGCGGCAGAUUUCGCCUUCUGGGGACAAAUGGACCCCAAUUUCCAGUUUCAGUCCCAGCUGGACAGUUUGCUGUUUGACUGCACGACGGGGACCGAGCAGCUGUCCCCUUGGUCCGGCUUCGGCGGCUCCCAGUCGGUGUUCCCUGAUGCACAGCUGACCUUCGCCGACUUGGACUCGCACUCCCCACAGCUGGGAGCCGGUGCUGAAGCGGACAGCUCCCCUGCGGACGAGCCCCACGAGGUCGCCCGGCGCAGGCAGCAUCGCGCGGCGCCGCACCACCCAUACAAGGUGCAGCGACAUGCAGCCAACAUCCGAGAGCGGAAGAGGAUGCUGAACAUCAACUCAGCAUUCGAGGAACUCCGGUGCCAUGUGCCAACCUUCCCGUACGAGAAACGUCUCUCCAAGAUAGACACUCUGAGACUGGCCAUCGCCUACAUCGCCCUGCUGAGAGAGAUACUCCUGUCCGGAUGCGAUCCCAAGUCAUACGUGGACGAAUUAAUGAAGAACGGGUACAAAAAUCAAACCAAUGCUGUAUGGAACACAAGUGAUCUGACUGCCCGACUCUCCUGGAUAAAGUGGGAUUAGCAGACCAUGGCAGGCUGGAGGACAGCAAUGCUGGCAGUUGCAUCCCCGACCACCUUGCGAGAUUCCGUGGGGCCAGGCUGUCACCUGCAAGCUUCCCAGAGUGCGGUACCUCAAUGACUGUUUAAAUUUAAAUCCAAUCCUCAUUUGUGUCAUACCUGGUCUGAAAAGUCUUUCCCGCACUAUGUGUUAUUUGUUUGAGGAUGGUGUUGAGCUUCAGUCGCUUAACUGCAGAUCUGCGUGCACUUUGUCACCUGACUAAGGUGUAGUAUUUAUUUGUACAGGUAUAUUUAGGAUUUUUUUUUAUGAAAA